CGCUUGGACUCCCCCUCCCCCCCCCGUCCCUAAACGCCGACAAGCUCUCCUCAGCCAUGGCUAACCUAAGCAGUGCGCUUUGCAUUGAAAACGGACAAAACGUGGACGUGUCGCUCUUACAAAAGGAUAAUCUUCAGGACGGUGGAUUAAGCCAUCUUUUGGAUUAUAACGCCGAAAUGGAAAGGUACCGAUCUUUUGCGAACUUUUACAAAACCAACGGGGCGUUCCCACAAACUGCCAAAAUCGCCCGCAUCACGACGCCCAUUUUCCCCAGUGCCAGGAUUGGCAUGUCCCCUUGGAACUGCGAUAACGCCAUGCUUUGGGGGAGGAAAUCAGCGGCAAUAAACCCUAAUAGGACCAGCAUGCAUAGAAAUGACUCCCAGAGGCCGGGUAAGCCUGGCGUGCCGCCAGAGACGCUGCAAAUGGCAAAUAAUAAUUUCCUCUCUACCUUAUCCCCCGAACACUGCAGACCUUUAGCAGGAGAAUGCAUGAACAAGCUGAAAUGCGGCGCUGCCGAAGCAGAGAUAAUGAAUCUCCCUGAACGCGUUGGAACUUUUUCAGCUAUACCGGCUUUAGGGGGCAUCUCAUUACCUCCCGGGGUCAUCGUCAUGACAGCCCUUCACUCCCCCGCAGCCUCGGCAGCCGUUACAGACAGUGCGUUUCAAAUUGCCAAUCUGGCAGACUGCCCGCAGAAUAAUUCCUCGGCAUCGAGUGGAAACCCGGCAAAGAAGAAGAGGAAAAGGUGUGGGGUCUGUGCGCCCUGCAGGCGGCUAAUCAACUGUGGUGUCUGCAGCAGUUGUCGGAACCGCAAAACGGGCCACCAGAUCUGCAAGUUUAGGAAAUGCGAGGAGCUGAAGAAGAAGCCGGGCUCGUCGCUUGAGAGGACGCCGGUCACUAAUGGCGAAGCUUUCCGGUGGUUCUUCUAGAGACGCCAGCCGCCGUCGUCCAUCACCCGGCAGGAGGUCACGAUCAACCGUGGACCGUCCGCUCGGAGCACGUGACCCAAAGCGCCCCAAAAAGACACACAUACACACACACAGACACACACACACACCACGUGGAUCAGAGGACGGAAUACAAAGUGGACAUAACGGACGAGACAGCGAGUUGACAAAAACAUACUGGAUGUUGUUUCUUUUCUGUGUAAUUAUUGUACCUUUUGACAGUAUCAUAAUGUAUAUUUUUGGUGUCUUCUGAAUGUUUUCAGUGUUUGCGGCCGGGCGGCACUGGGCCGCCGCCGAGCUUGUGUAAAGAAAGGACUAGAAAAAGGACAAUCUUUUUGGAACCUCGCAGAAUCCGUCCCGACGGGUGGGGGGAGGGUGAUUGACGAUAAACGCAACACACUUUACUCUGGAGCAAUAAUUUUUCAACCUUCCUUUUCCGCAUAUCUCUUCUUUCACUACCCAGGAAUCAUCCGGAAGCCAUUUAAGCACCAACUUUUUUUGUCUCGAUGAGGCAAGAAUGGC